GGAAUCUCAACACAGCUGAAGUGUGAGCCUGAGCUACCAGAGCUACAUUCCUCAGAGACAGAGAUAGACAGAGACUCAGAGAUACAAGGAUGUUGCCAGGUUCUGAGUGGCUGUCUCACCAGCUGGGCCUGGAAGGGUUAAGGCCUGGAAUUUCUUCAGGCCUGCUCCUGUUCUUCUUGGCACUUAGCACAUGGAUCCUGGCUCAGUUCUUAUCUUCUGCCUACAGAUACUACAACAUCUGCCAAUAUUUUAGAUGCUUUCCCCAGCCACCCCUUCAGAACUGGUUCGGUGGUCACCUGGGUUUGAUAGACUUCACAGAGGAAAAUUUGGUACGUUUUCUCAGUAUCGUGGCCACUUUUAGAGAGACCUUUCUACUCUGGGUAGGACCUUUCCUCCCAGUAGUUACACUCUGCCACCCUGACUACAUCCGGCCUCUUACUUCUGCAUCAGCCCAGAUUGCACCCAAAGAUCAAUUCAUCUAUGGAUUCUUGGAGCCCUGGUUGGGGGAUGGGCUGCUCCUGAGCGGAGGAGACAAAUGGAGCCGGCACCGGCGUCUGUUGACCCCAGCCUUUCACUUUGACAUCCUCAAGCCCUAUGUGAAGUUAUUUAACCAGAGUGCAGACAUCAUGCAUAAAAAGUGGAGGCGUCUAUGUGCUGGGGGUAAAAAAAACCUGGACAUGUUUGAACACAUCAGCCUCAUGACCUUGGACAGCCUGCAGAAAUGCAUCUUCAGUCAUGAUAGCAACUGUCAAGAGAAACCAAGUCCCUACAUCUCUACUAUCCUCGAGCUGAGUGCCCUUUCAACAAAACGUCUCAAUGAUGUUUUUCUACACUGGGAUAGACUGUAUUUCCUCACCUCAGAGGGGAGACGCUAUUCCCAGGCCUGCCGCCAGGUACAUGACUUCACGGACACUGUUAUCCAGGCCAGGAAAAAAGUUCUUGCUGAGCAGGGUACAGAAACCUUUCUCAAGAACAAGGGUAAAGGCAAGACCACAGACUUCAUAGAUGUGCUGCUGCUGGCCAAGGAUGAAGAUGGGAAGUCUUUGUCAGAUAAGGACAUCCGAGCAGAAGCUGACACCUUCAUGUUUGAAGGACAUGAUACAACUGCAAGUGGCAUUUCCUGGGUACUCUACAACCUGGCCCACCAUCAAGAACAUCAGGACCACUGCCGCCAGGAGCUAGAAGAACUCCUGAGAGGUCGUCAACCAGAGGAGAUUGAAUGGGAUGAUCUAUCCCAGAUGCCCUUCCUGACCAUGUGUAUCAAGGAGAGCCUGAGGCUGCACCCACCAGUUCCUUCUGUGUUACGCCGAUGCACCAAGGACAUCAAACUACCUGAUAGUCGAAUUAUUCCCAAAGGAAAUGUAUGCUUCAUCAGCAUCUAUGGAACUCACCACAACCCAGCUGUGUGGCCCAACCCUGAGGUUUAUGAUCCAUACCGCUUUGAUCCCCAAAAUACCCAAAAGAUGUCACCCCUGGCAUUUAUGCCCUUCUCAGCUGGACCCAGGAACUGCAUUGGCCAGAACUUCGCCAUGUCUGAGAUGAAGGUUGUGGUGGCCCUUACUUUGCUACGAUUUCGAAUCCUCCCUCAUCAGAGUCAACCCCGAAGGAAAGCAGACCUCAUCCUCAGAGCAGAGGAUGGGCUGUGGCUGACAGUGGAGCCAUUGCAGCAUUCUUCCAGUUCUGAGACACACCUCCAAGAAGACCCUCAAAAUUGAUGUAUGGGCAUUAUCUCUGGUCUUGGGUGGCAUGAAAACCUGAUGGCCGCCUUCCUUUCCAAUCAUCCCUCUCAUUACUGUUAUUCUUCUAAAUAAAAAACACUUCUGCACCUCCUA